GAACUCAACCAUGUUCUGAAAGGAGCGUUGGAGCGGCUGCGCGUAGAGAACCCCCCUGCUCAAUACGACCCCCCUUCCAAGAUGAGCCAAGUGAACUUCAGCUCCAUGACGAAGUCGGUGGAGUUUCCAGCUGACUGGGGCCCUCUGGGUAUCCAUGUCGUCCCCUACUGCUCCUCUCUGAGUGGACGAACCCUGGGCCUCCACAUUAAAGGCAUCGAGGAAAACAGCCGCGCCAAGAAAGAGGAUCUCUUCAAGGAGGACGAGUGCAUCGUUCAGAUCAACGACACGCCGCUCCAGGACAAAACCUUUGCACAGUCUCAGGAAGUUUUCCGCCAGGCAAUGAACACGUCCUCUGUGCGUCUAGAAGUCGUCCCGGUGGGCAAUAAGCAUCGCUACGAGAAGAGCCUCAUCGGGCAGCUCUUCGACGCCAAAGAGGCCGCUGCUAAAGCGAAGAGUCCCAUGGUGGUCCCGGCGAAAACGGAACCCCAGCCGGAACCCAAACAAGAGCCCAAACCGAUCAGCAGACUGGAAGUGAGGCAGCCGGAUCCGCGCGCGAAGACCCCGGAGCCGUCUGCUGCGAUAAACACACCGCCUCCAUUGCCUCUGUCCGGGCCCGUGGAGAGGGUCUCCCCCGCACUUCCAGCCAGAGCGGCGAGCGCGUCACCGUCUCCCAACACCCGCAGCCAGAGCCCCCUGACCAGUAAGAGCCCCGUUGUGUCCAGCCUGGCCAACCUGGCCAACAAGAAGGGAGGCAAGAGGAUCAAAAUCGACCUGAAGAAAGGUGCAGAGGGUCUGGGCUUUACCGUGGUAACCCGAGACUCCUCGGUCCACGGGCCAGGGCCGAUCCUCGUGAAGAACAUCCUGUCCCGCGGUGCCGCUGUGAAAGAUGGCCGCCUGCAGCCGGGAGACCGCAUCCUGGAGGUGAACGGAGUCGAAAUGACAGGCCGCAGCCAGGAGGAGCUGGUCGCCAUGCUGCGUAGCACCAAGCAGGGGGAGAGCGUGUGUGUGGUGGUGGCGAGGCAGGAGGACAUCUUCUUGCCUCGGGAACUGAAAGACGAGGAGGCGGGCGGCCUGGUGUACGAGGACGGCAAGGAGCAGCUCAUGUACGAGGUGCCGCUGAAUGAAACGGGCUCGGCCGGCCUCGGGGUCAGCCUGAAGGGAAACAAGUCCAGAGAGACCGGCGAGGACCUGGGCAUCUUCAUCAAGUCCAUCAUCCACGGGGGGGCCGCCUACAAGGAUGGCCGCUUGGCCGUGAACGACCAGCUGAUCGCGGUGAACGGCGAGUCGCUGCUCGGACGCUCCAACCACGCCGCCAUGGAGACGCUGAGACGCUCCAUGUCGUCGGAGGGGAACAACAGAGGAACCAUCCAGCUGGUCGUGCUCCGAGCGCCCAGACAGAUUGGUAGUUCCAACCCUGCACCGAACUCGGCCACAAACGGACCCGCCUCCCACCGACCAUACACCCCAACAUCCUCUAACAAUCAGGAGCCUUGGGGCUACAACGCCUACCAGGGAUCCCCAGGACCCUCCAGACCCCCGACAGCAGAGCUCGCCACGAACGGCCCGAGUCCCACUCCACCGCCGAGCAUCAACUACACGUACGGAGACGCAGGAAGUGCUGGGUAUCCCGCUGCGACCACCAACGGCGGCUACAGUCACUACGGCAACGAUGAUGAGGAGCUGGAGCAGAGCUUCCCUCCGCCUCCCUCCCCAGGCACCGUGGAGGAAAUGAAUAGAGACUUUCCAAGAACUCCCCCACAGCACAGCGAGUUCCAGAAGCCGCAGCACACGAGUACAGCUUUCUAUUCAGAGAGGGACAAUGUGCCGCGCAACAGGGCGUCCAAGAGCAUGGACCUGGUGGCCGAUGAGAGCAACAUGGGAUCACUGGAUGGGCCGAGGAACGGUGAGUGUCACACACGAUCAGAGACUUCGACUUAGUGCUCGACAUCUCUUCUUUUCUUC